AGAAUCCGCAAGAGCAACAUCGUCAAAAGAAUCAAAAUAAUAAUUGUUACUAAUUUUGAAACUUUUUUCCUUUAAGGGUAACAAUAAACUCCCUAGAAGAGUAAGUGGGAAUUUACGGCGCCACAUGUGGAAAGUUCACCAUUUUGCAACGACAGGCGCCAUUGAAAGAACAUACAAUUUUCUAGAGCAUUUUUCGGUUCAAGCAAGUUACCUCUAAAUCGACAAAAUUGGAAAAUACAAGAUGGGCACUAGAGUGUUUGUGGGGGGGCUUACCUAUAGGGUAAGAGAAAGGGACAUUGAAAAGUUUUUCCGCAAAUACGGCAGAAUAAAGGAGGUCGCAAUGAAGAAUGGCUUUGCUUUUGUGGAGUUCGAUGACUAUAGAGACGCAGAUGAUGCUGUCUACGAACUAAAUGGCAAAGAAUUGCUUGGCGAAAGAGUUUCUGUCGAAAGGGCCCGUGGUACACCAAGAGGUAGUGACCAAUGGAGAGGCAAUGGUGGGGGCAGAAGCCAUGGCCCCCCAAGGGGACGCAGUCGUGAUAACCGUGAGUCAGAUAUGCGGUCACAUGACAGGUAUGGUCCUCCAACAAGAACAGAACACCGUCUUAUUGUAGAAAAUUUGUCCAGUCGUGUAAGCUGGCAGGAUCUUAAAGACUAUAUGCGGCAAGCUGGAGAAGUUACCUAUGCUGAUGCCCACAAGCAAAGGAGAAACGAAGGGGUGGUCGAGUUUGCUUCUUAUUCCGACAUGAAGAACGCAAUCGAAAAAUUGGACGACACAGAUUUAAACGGACGUCACAUUCAUUUGCACGAAGACAAAAAACGCAGUGGAGCAGGCGGCGGAGGAGCUAGACGAUCGAGGUCUUCGAGCAGCCGAAGCCGAUCCAGAUCCAGGCACAGAUCCCGAUCUCGCUCCAAGUCCAGGCGGAGUAGCCACUCGAGGAGUCGUUCGCACAGCUCGAGGCGCUCAAAGUCGCGGGAGCAUUCGAAGAGCAAGAGUCCGGCGCACUCGAAGUCGCGCUCGAGAUCGAAAUCGAAAGGAGCGUCGAAGUCGCGUUCGAGAUCCCGAUCGCACUCGAAGGAGAACAAUGUGAAGCAGAGGUCGCGCUCGAGGUCGGCGGGUUCGAAGGAUAGAAGCAAGUCGCGCAGUCGCUCGCCAGCCAAAGACGAACAGAUGGACGAUUGAGCCAAGUUUAUUUUAAGUACCUAUGAUGUAACUACUAAUUAUUAAGCAUACAAAUUUUUUUAUCCAUAUCUUGGAUUAGCUAGAGUUUAAGUUAAAUUAGCAUGGGCCGAAGGUUUUGCUAAAGCUGGUUUCGGGUCCAUAUAGUUUUUAUUUUUUUCUCCAUACUAAUGUAGGGAUGCAUGUUUCUUCCUUACAAACUUUAUUUCACUAAGCAUGCUAAUCACUAUUUGGACAAAAUUUACCAUAAUAUUUAUUAAUUAUGACUGAUAACUUAGUUUCUCCAAUUACUUUUUUAUUUUAUAGAAAGAUUGCAUUUUUAUAACGAUAUUUGCUUAAUUACUUUAUACAAAUAUUUUUAUACAAAAUUAUAUUUUGUACUUUAUUUUGGCAGAUAAGUAUGUAUGUUCAGCAUUCAAGGUGAUAUUUAUAAAUAAUAUGCAGUGUGUUUCUGUUAAAUACUCCAAUUACAUUAAAAGAACCAUAUUCAAAAUUUUGGAGUAAUAUUCUUAUUGUAACCUUAUUUAAAUAAAUAAACUAUGUAUGUAGAAGUA